ACCGCAAAUCCAAGAGAGCGGUUCUUGGGGAUGUUUCGAUUUACGAGUGGUAAAAUGGGAGUCGCCGGUUGCUAGGUCUCCCCGACCGGAGCGAUUGCUAGGCACCCGCUUGGGGGCUCCGCAUUGGUAAUAAGCCUUGGGUCGCAAAACAGAAACAGCCAACCAGCGGACAGCGAUUACUGUGCCCUUUUACUCCACUCCAUCACCCCUCAAAUAUCAUACCCUCCCGUAAGGCCCCCAUUCCCUCUCCCUCCCAUUUACACGUAAUGACAACCGCGAUCAAAAAUAUCUUCUCCGGAAAAGACACCUCGUCUGCUCCCCAUAAAACCGGUUCUUUCAGAGUGAUGCCAAGAGCUACCCCCCCAAAACCGGUGAAUAGUCCACGGAUCUUGAUCGUUGGAGCUGGAUCACGAGGGCAUGCUUAUGCCAGGUCUAUCACUGCGGCUACGAGUGGAACCAUCGUUGGCGUGGCAGAGCCGGACGAGUAUAAACGCAGGAGCUUGGUUCGGGAGUAUAGCAUCCCUAUUGAAUUGGCGUUCACUUCGUGGACAGAGCUGGUGGGAGAGCACAAGGGGCUGGUUAUGAGUCGAGUGGAUGGUGUGUGCGUUUGCACGCUCGAUGAGACUCAUGAGGAGGUUUUCCCCCUGCCCUUUCCCUUCUUCUCUCCUUCAGGGGCGGGGAGAGAGAGCCGCAAAUAUGGUGACUAACUGGUGCAGAUUGUGCUCGCAAUCCGGCCGCUGAACUUGCAUAUCUUGUGCGAGAAGCCGCUUAGUACCACGCUCGAGUCAUGUGUCCGUAUGGCCAGCACCAUUUCUGAUCCCGACCUACCGCCGAUUUUGUUAGCAAUUGGGCAUGUGCUACGGUAUUCGCCGCACAACAUGCUUAUGAAGAAGCUUGUUUGUGAGGAUAAGCUCCUUGGGGAGAUAGUUAACGUUAACCAUACUGAACCGGUGGGGUGGUACCAUUUUGCGCAUAGUUAUGUUAGGUAUUAUUACCCGUGUCUCUGCUCGCCUUCGGCUGACCUCUGCAGAGGCAAUUGGCGUCGAAAGGAAACUGCUGCUCCCUCACUACUAACAAAAUGCUGUCACGACAUUGAUUUACUUCUCUGGCUUCUGUGUUCUCCUGCGGCUACUGCUACUCCUCACCUGCCAUCUACCGUAUCGUCCUCCGGCUCGCUGGUCCAUUUCCGACGUACCCGGAAACCUGUGAAAGCCGGUAACGCAACCAACUGUCUCUCUUGUCCGGCUGAACCGGACUGCGUAUUCUCGGCGAGAAAGAUCUACGUGGAGAAGAACCUCAAGAAAAUGAACAUGGGCUGGCCUGUGAAGAUCGUGGUCCCAGAUAUCGAGGAAGCGACCAGCAUGGAGGCAGCCGAGGCCAUGCUAACACAAAAGCUGGGAGAAGAUUACGGGAGCGAAGGCACCAUGGUUGACGGCGAGCAGAAGAGCUACUACGGUAGAUGCGUAUAUGAAACUGAUAACAAUGUCCUGGACAACCAAGUUGUCACCAUUUCCUGGGACGAUGACAGUGCCUCCAUCUCGCCCUCUGGCGCCCCAGAAGAGGGUCGUGGAGCAAAAACAGCUACCCUGACUAUGGUAGCAUUCUCGGAGAAGAUCUGCGAGCGCUUCACUAGGAUAUACGGAACUAAAGGCGAGCUUGAAGCCGACAGUUGUCAAAUCAAAAUAUACGAUUUUGAGACCGGGGUGAAGAAGACCUGGGUGCCUAGCAUGGAUAUGCUGAGCGGCCACGGUGGCGGUGACAAUGGGCUCGCGGGAGCGUUUGUGGAUGCUAUUGACAAAGUGAAGAAUAAAGGGUGGACAGUGGAUAAGGCGCAGAAAGAGAUUAUCGGUGUUACUGCUGAGGAGGUUUUGAGGAGCCAUGCUGCGGUGUUCUGGGCCGAGGAGGCGAGAGUUAAUAGACAGAUUUUGGAGUGGGGGCAGUGGUGGGCUCAGAACGUUCGAUCCUAGUUAGAGAAGGGAUUGGUGUUCUCAGCAUGUGAGGGGUUGCACCUCAUAGCUACUGCACAUAUUGACUUUAUGAAAUGAGAAUACCGAAAAAGGUUCACCCUUGGCGGCAUAUUGAAGCUUACCGACUGGCAAGUGAUGUGUGUUACCACCCCCGCCCCAUUUGCUCGCACGAUGGAGUCCCCAAAUAUCAAACAAGCGACGAGAGCAGUCGGGAACGCCAGGCAAGCUAAGGGCGAAACCCUGCUUUACCACCCCUUAGCCUCAAAUCAAUACUAUGAUACCAAAGGAAAUUGUGCUCCCCAGUGUAGCAACAACACUCCUCUCCGACGUCAAUACCAAUUAGCCGCGAUCCCUAUAUUCAUGAGUAGCCCCCAACGGGUUUCCACUAAAAAUACCCGCUUCGGUUACCUACCAUCACCCUGGGGUUCCGAUAUUUAGAAUUCUAAAAGUAUAAUGAGACGCCUAUUAGCUACAGAGAUGACGGCGGGCAGAAAUCUCAUUUGCGGACAAGUUGGGGACCAUCACGCAGAGCCAUCUGCACCCCGAGCACUUCCUACUCCAACACACUGGCUAGCAUCACGCCCCGAAUUACGCUUCAACAUUCGCGAUUCUGUGUAUUUGAAAGCGAGUGAUUUCCUAUGAUCUGCAGGGAGUGAAGGAAUGCCUAUUUGGGACCCUCCUGACAGUCGGGAAGCCGCGCGACGUGUUUCUCGAUUCCAGCACGAACCAACAACGACUUGGGUAGGGAAGAAACGGGGGAAUUAGGUUGCGAUGGGAGAUUGUGAGAAGAAAGGAAAUCUAAAUAUUUCCUCUGGGUGGUCCCCAGCAUCCCUCGCCCCCCGUCAGGGGUGUCUAAAUCGCUUGCUGCUCAUGGUGCCCACAUUGGUAUUCCCGCCGGCCCUAGAUAGGGUCCCCACUCUAACACCUAUCAACAUUCCAGCAUAUCGGCAGGGUGCAACUUCCCAUCCGCUGUCCCUUACCGGGUUUAGAACGGCUCUUCCAUCUCCCUGUCCUGUUUACGGCAUCGCUGUCAGCAGGUGUGGAUUUGGCGUGUCCGCUAUCGGCGCUGUAAUGGGCGGCGGCGGCGGUGGUGUGCGCUUGCUAGGCGUGCUGGCGCAUGUUAUUCGAGGCUGAUUUGGAGGAACCGAUGAAAUCUGGUGGUAAUGCUUCUGGAUAUUUCGUGCGCGAAGACUGCCAAAUUGAGAGCUUUGGGAAGUCUGUGUUGUGAAGGAAAGGGGAGAGGGUUGCGCGGAGCUAAAUGGGUAUGGCCACGGUUUGGACGGAAGUUGUGAUAUCUCGCGCUAGACUUGUGGGGUGCGCAUGGUAUGAUAGUAGGUCGGUAAGGACUGGGAUUGCUAUUGCUGCUUGCUGGGGACGUGCGCUGGGGCUUUGUGGGUUGAUAUUCUAGAGGUCUAGGGUGGCGGUGAUGAUGUAAAGUUGAGAGGUGGGGCUUGUGUGAUGGGAGAGUAUUUAACUGAGGGGAUUCUUGGGGCAGUUGCAGGCCUUCCAAUGGGCCGGGGCUUCACUUGGCCAACCCAGGCUCUCCCAUGGUUGGCCUGGGUCAGGGGGGUUAAAACUGGGCUACCCAGCUAACUCCAUUGAGCAGUCAAGCCUGGCCGUGCUUUCCUGAGGAAUUCCUAUCAACAUCAUUUGCGUCACAAUCUGGGCCUACUACACUACAUUGACCAACAUCGGGGGGAUGGUGGAAAAAUGGGUAGAUCAAGGUUGCCUAUAUGAACCUUUGGUCAGUACCAUUUAAUAUAGCGGAAUCCAAGACGAACCUCGCAAGUUCAAGCAGUCCCCAUCGCUCUUAUAUUCCAGGUGCUUGCGAAAUUCCCUCUUUAGGAAUGCUUCAGCCCCACCGCUCUGAAAUCCGAGCCUCUGGGGACCGGCGGGACCAAGACAAAAAACACACUAUGCCGGCUUCCUUUACUUAUAGAAAGUUUGUCUCCACGUUUGGUGGAGCGUUGCUAAAUACACAAGACCAUCGGGUAGCAUUUUACUGCCUCUUCCUCACAUGAAUGCUGUUCUUCUCGUCUACCUCCCCAGUGAUGAGUUUAGUUUAACUUUCAUUUUCAUUUUUCAUUACGGGCCCCAAACUGCACUCGAGUGUUUUCUCAGCUAAACCAGCAAAGACACCACAACCCCGCUGCCGGUAUCCGGUGCGAUUUUUAUUUCAUUUGUUGGAUCCUCGGUUUUACUCGCAACUAGUCUACAAUACCGGUACGUGUAUGUACUGGAAAAUUUACCGCAUGGGAUACGCUUCUGGGUGCGGCAUGGCCGGUGCUCGAAGCGAGCAUCAUUAGUGCUUGUCUUGCACUGCCUCCGGUUGAAUACACCGUACUUCGUGCUACACAUACCGGCACAGUGCAAGCACCGGCACCCGAGUACACCAGGUAACCACGAUUGCGGAAAAGCAUGCACUCACCCCUGACCCUGUUUUCGUCCUCGAGCGGCCGCGCAGAGUGAAUUUACUUAAAACAGAAAACUACUACAAACGGGGAAGUUUUCGUGAUACCGGAACGAAAGCCGGUUCCUCCAUUCUCUGUCUUUUUUUUCUUACUGCCACUUUCGCUGUAUUUCGGCAACCAGACUACCCAUAGUUACCUGGCUAACAAGUCUAGUGGAUGUAGACUAGCUACAAUAUCAUGCACAACUGCGCCGGGUCAGGAAGGAGGAAUACGGAAGGAUUCAGGAAUUGAGCCGACAUAUUGAUGCGGGCGGUGACAAUAGGAGAACUCACGCUCAGAAAGGAGACCGGAAUCGUAGUACCAUUUUACAGCGUAGGUGCAGUGCUUGCUGUACAGUACCGUACUCCUGUUUGCGGCGCACUUUGCAUGUAGUAACGCUGAUCCUGCCCUGCUAACGUAAAAAAUAAUAAAAGGUAUCGGCAGAGGGAACAACACCGUCCCUCAGCUCACAACUGAGACCAAAAAUAAUAAUAAUACCACCGACUUAUCAUUCUAGGAGAGGCAAAGCCAAGAUCCUAAUUUGAGGUCCGAUGAUUCCAGUUUUUAGGGUACCGUAUUAACUCAUUCAAUUGGACAUCACGCUGGGAUUUUGGAGUUGCCUCUCCCAGUGAGAUCGCGCGUGGUUU